AUGCUGCAAGAAGCCGUUGCGUUUGCUUCCAGCUACCUCCAGGUGCGGCUCAAAGAGGGCAAGAAUCCUUACGACCCCUUGACUAAAAUUGGCCGCUUCAAUCAUUACAUCGUGGAUCCCUUAUUCCGUUGGCAUGGGCGAAACGAGCGGAUCGUGGCCUCGAAAUCCCUCGGGCGAGUGAGCAUGCAGGGAGAGAACCAUUCGGUGUUGAACGGCGGGAGUCACAACUACGCCGGGUUGUAUGAACUGUCGCCAAAGGAUGAACAGCUGCAGCGGAAGUGCCUGGACCAUCUGCCCUUCGCGGAUGCUGAGGCUGUCCCAUUGCUCAAUCAAAGGAUGGUCGACGGUCUGACGAGAUUCUUCAACGCUGACUGUUGCUACACAACGACGACCGGCUACCAAUCGAACGUCCUCGGGAUACCGGCCAUUGCUCGAGACAAUUCGCUCAUCGUGAUGGACGAGAAAUGCCACAAUUCGAUUUUCACGGCGUCGUACAUGUCCCGAGCCGGAGCCCGCAAGAGGUUCCGGCAUAAUGACAUGGCGCACCUACAGUCCAUCCUGGACUCAACUCAAGGGAAACAAUCUGAUAUUAUCGUGGUUGUGGAGGGUCUUUACAGUAUGGAUGGGACCAUCCCACCGCUGGAUCGCCUGUAUUUCCUCAAGAAGAUAUUCAACUUCACCUUAUAUGCGGAUGAAGCACACUCGUUCGGCUCGAUGGAGAAAACCGGAGGAGGCUGUCUGGAGAUGUGGAACGACCAACACCCCGAAGCUCUGGUCCCUGACGAUGUGAUUGACGUUCGCAGCGCUGUCCUGUCCAAGGCAGUCGGCGGACUAGGCGGAUUCGUGUGCGCCGCUGCUCCGAGCCCGGUUGACAUGCGGGAGCUGCAGAGGGAGGCUCAAGAAGCGCACGCGGACCUCAGCCGCGUGCUGCAGCAGCAGAUUGAGAAGCCGGUGGCGACACAGUGUUCCGGGAUCUCUGCGGCGGAGAUUGCCGCUGGCCAUGCUGCCCGCCAGGUGUACGGUCUCGGGUCAGGCAGUUCUCGGUGGAUUCUGGGCACUUUCCCACAACAUCUCGAGGUCGAAGAACUCACAGCACAAUUGACAAGGCAGCCGGCCGCGCUGACCUACCCUGAUUCCGACUUGGGCCUCAUGUCGACCAUUGCUGGCUUGUGCCGUCCUGUGAUGGCUUGUCGACGACACUAUUUUCUGGUCCCCGCGAAUCUGCCCUCGAACGCCGAGGAAGGCUUUCGGGUGGCCUCAAAGAACUCGGAAACCGUCUGCCUGAAGUACGCUGAUCGAGAUGCCCUGGUCCCGCUGUUUGAGGCUCUGUCAGGGCGCAGUGCGACGUAUCUCACACUCUACUUGGACCCGGUGGCCGACGGUGGCUACAUGGAUCUGAUGGCUCUCGCAACACAACUGGCGGCAAAGAAAGGGGCGAACCAAGGCAUGACGGUCCUCCUCAAUGACACCAACGGACUAGGGCGUCUGGGGCCAUCCCAGCUGGGGAUUGCGUCCGCCGUCAACCUCAUCCUCUUCUCUCAGAUCCUUUCCGCCCGGAUUCUGGUCUGCGGAUCAUUCUACAGGGCCUUCAGCCUGCCGGGCGGUUAUCUGGCCGGAGACCCUACGAUCAUUGAAGAGCUGCGCUAUACCAGUCGCUGUUACAUGUUUAGCACGUCGCCCCAACCCUUCGUGAUGGCCAUGGUCAAGGAGGCUUUGCAUGGCCGGUUGAGCGCGGCCCCAGUUGAAGAGAGGCACACGAUAGCCAUAGCCACCAAAUCCAGACUGGAAGGCGUGCUCAGCAUGCUACGUCGCACAGUUCGCCGGCUACCACAAGAAUGGGCGCCGUUGCUCGCGCUUUUUCUUGUGUUCCUUCAUGUUCUCUUCAAGAUGGUGUAG